AUGCGACACGAUGUAAAGGUUGAAGACAUCAUGUCAUGGCGUGAUUUUGAAGUGAGUUGCAUGCGCUUUAAACUUGUACCUUUAGUGCAACAAGCGAUAUUCUGGAGUUUAACCAAUUUACCCGAGGAUUUCCUCCCAAAUCUGCUUACAAAUGAUGAACAAAAGUACAUGGAUAUAUGCUUCAAAAAUCGGGAUGAAACAGCACUUCACUUCAUGGAAACGGAUGAAUUUUAUCGAACAACAA